CGUGUUUCAUUCUUUGUAUUAUUUGUUUUUUUUUGCGUUAAUGUAGACCUGUUUCUAAAUAUUAUAAUUGUUUAAUAACUUUCUUACCUAUUUAAUUAUUUAUUGAUUAGAACUAGCAAUAUUACUGCAUAAAAAUGCCUACAACUCGACGUAAGCAAAUAAAAACAGUUUACAAAAACAGCGAUAGCGAAGAAGAAACUGGUGAUUUCAGUGAUUCCGGGUCUGAUGCAAAAAUAUCAGAAGAAUCAAGCAGCGAUGAAGAUGAAGAAGAUGGUGGAGGCUCAUCGGGCGACGAUUUUAAGUUCAUUAAGAGAAAACCAUGUACAUCUCAAAUUAAAAGACGACCUAAAUUCUCCAAAACUUUAAUUAAUAAAAUAAACAAGAGUUCGUCUGGUGAACAGCUAGAAGACAAUGCUGACGGAAAUGAUCCAGUUCUAUUUUCAGUAAAGGAUCUAACUGAUGCAGACAAAUUAUUGCCAUCAAUAUUAAAUUUGUCUGAGAGUGAUAGCAGUGAUGAUGAAUGUCCAAAACCUAGACCUACAAAAAAUGUUUCUAUUCCAAGCACAUCCCAAUUUUAUGAAGAGUAUAAUAGUGACAAAGAACAAAAUGAUUAUAAAGAUGUAUUUUCCAGCAAUAUACAAGACAACAGUGAAGAGAUUGCUAAGAAAACAUUCAUCGAAUUAGAACUUCACAAAACCAAGAUUGAGCAAACCAAAGCAUCUAUUCAAAAUUACAAUAUGCAACAAGAAAAAGUAAAUGAAUCUAACAUAGAAGAUUUACUUGCUCUAGGUGAAGAAGUGCUGAAUGCGCCCUCUCAGCCAUUCCAACAGAAAAAGGGCAAAAGGAGAAAUUAUAAAGAUGACAGUGAUUCCGAUAUGGAAGAUUGGGAAGAGGUAAAAGAACGCAAAGAAAUACCAGCUCAAGGAUUGCAACUCAUUGUUGACCUGCCAGACUUAGUAUGUAGAAAAAGCAAAAAGAUUGAUGUGGAAAUGAUGAUGAAACGUAAAAUCAAUAGAGUAAAGAAAGAAUAUCAGGUUUAUAUGCAUAAAGUACAUGUUCUUUGCUGGCUAGGCCAUGGGAACUAUGUAAGUCGUGUUUUGAAUGAUCAGGAAAUAUUGGCAGCUGCUUUAACUUUGGUACCUUCAAAAGAAUGUUAUCCAGGUGAAAGAGUGGACAUGAAAUACUUAGAACAAAUAACAACAUGGUAUAAAGAUAAGAUUGUCCUUAAACAAGACAAAAACGAAGAUAAAUUUCGACCAAAGGCUCCACCAUUGAAGGCACUAUUGAUUGAACAAAUGAAAAAGAAAACAGCCACUGCCAAAAAGUAUGUGGUAUUUAUUUUUAUUGCAAUGCUUAGAGCUCUGGGCCUACAAUGUCGUGUUAUGUUUAAUUUUGUGACAUUACCUAUCAAACCGCCUGUAUCAGAAUUGUGCUCAUUAUCAACAAAACCAAAUAAUGCUAAAUCUAAUUCCAAAGAACAGAAUAAAAAAUCUGUAAGACCUCAUAGCAAUGUUACUGAAAAUUAUAAAAAGAAAAGCACUAAAGAUCAAAAUCUUAAAAUAAACCAGUUAGAUGGUAAUUGUAAUAAUGAAUUAUGCACUGAUAGUCAAUAUGGCAACAUAGAUCAGCUAGAUGGUAAUAGUGACAUUAUGUCUACAAAAGUAUGCAGGACUAGAGCUACUAAAACUCGAAAUAUAAGUGAUAAUGAGACAGCUGGGAAAGAAGAUGUGUCACCACCAAAAAGGGCUCGAAAAAGUCCAAGUCCUAAAUUAGACAAAAGCAAAAAACCCAAUAAAAAAAUUGAUAAGAAAGGUAUUGUUGCUGCUACUAGUAUGAAGCAGCAAAAUAAAAAAGAUGUUCUUGAAAGUUGUUCUAAAGAAUUCCAAAAGAGUAACCAUGAAGGAAAGAGUAACAAAGGGGUUCCUUUAGAACUUUCGCCAAGAAAAACCAGAAAUUCUAAAAUUAACAAACCUACUACAAACAACCUUCCUAAGAGAGAAAAUGAAGAAUUAUUAAAUAAAGAAUCCUUUACAAAAAAAUCAUCUCAUAUCAGAAAACAAGAAUCAACGCCUAAAAUUAUCAUCACAAGUGAAAAUGAAAAUAAAAUUUCUAGUAAAUUCUUUAGUACUGACACAUCUACAAAAGCAGAUGGCACUCUAAGGUUAUCAAGGAAACGAUCCCAAACAACAAAUUUAACGACAUUUCAGAAAAAUAAUAGUCCAUGUGAUAAACAAGCAGGUAAUAGUAAAUCAAGGACACAUAGUGCUCCAGAAAAAGCAGGAGAAAAAAGCAAGUAUUUCAGUGACAGUGAAGAAAAAAAUGUAGCGAAAAAGAAACCUAGGCUAAGCGUUAAAUCGGCGCAUGUUAAAGAUAACACAGAAGAUAAAAAACGUGUAAGUCAUAAAGAUUUAGUUAAAAGCCGACCUAAACCAAAGGGUGAUGUUACAGCAGAUUUAGUAAGCAUAAUUAAGAACCGAGUAAAAGAAGCAAAGGAAGAUGCUAAGAAAGGUAUUGUAAAAGGUAAAGUAAAACAUGAAUCUGAUGAAGACAGUGAUUUCUUGCCUGAGGAAGCUCAAAAGAAACCUAAUCCCGACAGUGAUGAUGACUUUAAGCCAACAAAAAUAAGUCCAAAAGCAGCAAUUAACCGCAAACCAAGCACAAGUAAGAAAGACCGUCGUGUGCUAUCGUCUGAUGAGGACACUCCUAAAAAUAAAAUGGAUGUCUGGUGUGAGGUGUAUGUUGAAGAGUUGGAGCAAUGGAUUGCAGUUGAUGUUAUAUCUGGAAAAAUACAUUGUCCUGAAUUCAUUUAUGGUCGAGCGACUCACCCAGUGUGUUACGCGGUCGGCUGGGACAACAAUAACUAUUUGAAGGACUUAACACGAAGAUACGUUCCUCACUGGAACACGGUGACGCGCAAGCUGCGAGCCGAACUCCUUUGGUGGAGCAAGGCGAUACAACCGUGGCUUGGACCCAAAACUGCUAGAGACAGGGAAGAAGAUCUCCAUUUGGAUAGGAUGCAGCUGGAAGCUCCAUUGCCGAAGAGUAUUGCUGAAUACAAAAACCAUCCCCUUUACGCACUGAAGCGCCACCUGCUGAAGUUCGAAGCCAUCUACCCGCCGGACGCGGCCGCGCUGGGCUUCGUGCGCGGCGAGCCGGUGUUCGCGCGCGACUGCGUGCACACGUGCCGCUCCCGCGACACCUGGCUGAAGGAAGCUAAGGUCGUGAGGCUGGCCGAGCAGCCGUAUAAAGUGGUCAAGGCUAGGCCUAAGUGGGAUAAGCUCUCAAACAAGCUCAUCACAGACAAACCCCUGGAAGUGUUCGGACCAUGGCAAGUACAGGACUAUGAGCCUCCUGUAGCAGAAAAUGGCAUGGUUCCCCGCAAUGCUUACGGCAAUGUUGAGCUGUUCAAAGAUUGCAUGCUUCCCAAAGGAACAGUACACUUAAAGUUGCCAGGCUUGAACAAAGUGUGCAAAAAGCUGAAUAUUGACUGUGCGCCGGCCAUGACAGGGUUUGAUUUCAACGGCGGCUGGUCCCACCCAGUGUACGACGGAUUUGUGGUCUGCCAGGAGUUUGAGGAGAUUGUUACUGAAGCGUGGAUUAAGGAUCAAGAGGAACAAGAACGCCGCGAAGUGGAAAAGAUGGAAGCAAGAGUUUAUGGCAAUUGGAAACGAUUGAUACGCGGACUUUUUAUUAAAGAAAGACUCAAGUGCAAGUAUGGUUUUGAAGAGCCUUCAACUUCCCAAGACAGUAAAAAAAAAGCUAAAGCUCCAAGGUUGGUUGUAAAGAAAAGAUAAAUUUAACUUCUGACAGUUUUGAAUAGAUCCCUAAGGCUUAAAUCAUUAUUUUACAAUCACUGAAUAUAGAAAAACAAAUGCGCAGGUAUACUGGGUUCACAGUUUACAAUUCUUAGAUCAGACUAAAUGGUAUACUUAAUUCGGAAAUUGUUUUUCUAAUCACCAAAUAAGUCGUUACCUUCAAAAUCUACCUAAAUAUAAAAUUAUUUAUAUCAUGUGCAUAGCGGUAUUUGUUUUUCUAUAUUCAGUGAUUGUAUGAAUGAAUAGAAAAUAAAUAAAUUAGGAGCAUAGUCCGGCAAUUGCCGUAACUUGUUAAUUAUCUACCUCAAAUUCAGUGUAGGGUUUUCAUAAUAUUAAUUUAGUGUUAGAAUGCUUUUUAAUAGAAUGCAGCACAGCUACGUAUAUACUGUGAUAUCUAUACUAUAUAAAUUACUCUUAAUUAACAUCACAGCCGCUGUAAUCAUCAUCGUUUAUCGUCAUCCAGUGUUAUUGGGAUAAUAAUUUCAAAAUAAUGUUAAAUAUGUUUUGUUCGAAAAAUAGUCUUGGUGAUAUUAACGUGUGGUUACAUACGUACAUAACAUUGAUCUUAUUUAUAAGUAAUAUUAUUACAAUUUGAUAAAUUUUUGACCAUUCAUCUAGGUCACUGUCAAUAAAACAAAUUUAUUGGAAAACACAUCACAAAAACCGCCUAAACUGAGUUAUAAAAUUACGAAGUUAAAUUAAUCUGUUAAUUUUUUAUUAUGUCAUUUCUGAUUGUGUCGUGUUUUAUUGCAUUUAUCAUACUUAUUGUUAUUUGAUAUUGAUAGCAUGUUAGAACAUUGUUUUAAUAAAUGAAAAUUCAAAUAUAAUGUAUAUCUUUAUUCAAUAAAAAAUGUUUAUAAAUUAUACAAUAAUCAUACAAUAUUUAUCAUUUGCAAUAAGCUGUCUUAAUGUUUACAUCUUGUAUACUGUGUACGUUACAUAGCAAAAGCUCCAAAGCAUUACUUAGUUAUAUAGCACAGCUUAUUGUGCCGGAAGCAGUAAAUAAGAUACGAUAAAACUAUAUA